UGGAAACUUAGGGGCGGGCCCACACGGCUAGUUUCCGGAGCAACCAGAAAGCCUAAAUCCUGCUGCUUUGGUAGCUAGCUGCGAUGGCGUCCAACCCGGUGCAUGGCCUGCCUUUUCUUCCGGGCACGUCCUUUAAUGACUCCACGAAAACAGCCUUUCAUAGAAGCCAGACUCUGGGUUACAGAAAUGGCUAUGCUAUUGCUCGACGUCCAACAGUUGGAAUAGGCGGGGAGCGGCUUCCAGUCAACCAGCUUUCCCAGGCUGACCUAGAUGAGUUGGCAAAUAAGGCUCCAGCUCUAACUUAUGGAGAACCUAAGCAGGCCCCACCUGCACAGUUUAUUCCUGCACAUGUGGCUUUUGACAAAAAGGUACUGAAAUUUGAUGCCUAUUUCCAAGAAGAUGUUCCCAUGUCAACAGAGGAACAUUAUAGGAUUCGUCAAGUGCACAUUUACUACUAUCUGGAAGAUGACAGUAUGUCUGUCAUGGAACCCAUUGUGGAAAACUCUGGGAUUCCUCAAGGCAAGUUAAUCAAACGCCAGAGACUUCCCAAGAAUGAUGUUGGAAACCAUUACCACUGGAAAGACCUAAAUCGAGGAAUAAACAUUACAAUUUAUGGAAAAACUUUCCACAUUGUUGACUGUGACCAUUUCACACAGGAAUUUCUGGAAAGUCAGGGAAUUGAGUUAAAUCCGCCAGAGAAGAUGGCUCUUGAUCCUUACACAGAACUCCGGAAGCAGCCUCUUCGUAAGUAUGUCACCCCAUCGGAUUUUGAUCAACUCAAGCAGUUUCUCACCUUUGACAAACAAGUCCUUCGAUUCUAUGCAAUCUGGGAUGAUACCGACAGCAUGUUUGGUGAAUGUCGGAACUAUAUCAUUCAUUACUAUCUGAUGGACGACACAGUGGAAAUUCGAGAGGUCCAUGAACGGAACAAUGGGCGUGAUCCCUUCCCACUCCUGAUGAACCGACAACGCAUGCCAAAAAUUUUGGUGGAGAAUGCAGAGACCUUCCCUCAGUGUGUAUUGGAAAUAUCUGAUCAAGAGGUGUUGGAAUGGUAUACUGCUAAGGAUUUCAUCGUUGGGAAAACAGUCACUAUCCGUGGUAGAACUUUCUUCAUUUAUGAUUGUGACCCAUUUACUCGACAGUACUACAAAGAAAAGUUUGGAAUCGCAGAUUUGCCAAGUAUUGACGUGAGCAAGAAGGAACCACCUCCAGUAAAACAGGAAUUACCUCCUUAUAAUGGUUAUGGAUUAAUUGAAGACUCUGCUCAGAACUGCUUUGUCCUGAUUCCAAAAGCUCCAAAAAGUGAUGUUAUUAAAAUGCUGCUGAAUGAUAACAAGGUGCUUCGUUAUUUGGCUGCACUGGAAUCACCCAUCCCAGAAGACAAGGACCGCCGAUUUGUCUUCUCUUACUUUCUAGCCACUGAUAUGAUUAGUAUCUUUGAGCCUCCUGUUCGGAAUUCUGGUAUCAUUGGGGGCAAGUACCUUGGUAGAACUAAAGUUGUUAAACCAAACUCUUCAGUGGACUAUCCUGUCUACUAUAGCCCCAGUGACUUCUUCAUUGGUGCUGUGAUUGAAGUGUUUGGUCACCGGUUCAUUAUCCUGGAUACAGAUGAGUAUGUUUUGAAAUACAUGGAGAGCAAUGCUGCCCAGUAUUCACCAGAGGCACUCUUAUCAAUUCAGAAACGUUUUCAGAGGCAAGAAUCCCCUGCAUCAGAUUCAGAAAACAAACGAACUGAAGAGGGUCCAGGUGUACAAGAGCUGGAGGCAUUAAUAGAUACAAUCCAAAAGCAAUUCAAAGGCCAUCCAUACAAAGACAAUAUUUGCGAAGCAUUUCAAGACCAGGACAAAGAAGCUUCAGGAUUUGUGGAUAAAGAGAUGUUCUUUAAAAUUUGUGACUCUCUCAGCAUCCCAGUUGAUGACUCCUUGAUUAAAGAGUUAAUCAGAAUGUGCACUCACGGAGAAGACAGGAUCAACUAUUUUAACUUUGUUCGUGCGUUCUCACACUGACCUGGCCAGUACAGUGCCAUUCUUUGAGGUCAGACCCACACUUCGAAAUCUAAUAUGCAUUCUCUGUGUAGACAAUUAUAGAGCUUGUGAAAGUAUAAUUCUUCCUCAGUUCUGUCCCUGAGGUCCAAAAUAAAUUGGAAUCCUGUAGAAACCAAAA